UUUGACAUUAGGGGUCUGCUUCGUCCCCAUUCUGAGACUUGCCGCUCAGUGAUGCCCCCAGGCCUUGGGGAGAGAGGCUCCUGGUCACUGGGGCUCCUGCUGUGGCUCAGCGUUGUAAAUGCAGGAGAUGCACCUCCUCCCCCACAGACAAAGUGCACUGACUUCCAGAAUGCUAAUCUCCUCCGAGGCACCAACCUCAAAGUCCAGUUUCUCCUCUUCACCCCUUCGGAUCCUAGCUGUGGGCAGCUAGUGGAAAAAAGCAGUGACCUCCAGGACUCUAGGUUCAAUGCAACUCUGGGAACCAAACUGAUUAUCCAUGGAUUCAGGGCUUUAGGAACAAAGCCUUCCUGGAUCAAUAAAUUCAUUGACGUUCUUCUGCGGGCAGCAGGUGCUAACGUGAUUGCCGUGGACUGGGUUUAUGGCUCUACAGGUGCCUACUUCUCAGCAGUGGAAAAUGUGGUUAAGCUGGCUCUUGAGAUCUCCCGUUUCCUCAGUAAACUCCUGGUGCUGGGUGUGUCAGAGUCCUCAAUCCACAUCAUUGGUGUCAGCCUGGGGGCCCACGUUGGGGGCAUGGUGGGACAUUUUUAUAAAGGCCAGUUGGGACAGAUUACAGGCCUGGACCCCGCUGGACCAGAGUACACCAGAGCCAGCCUGGAGGAGCGCCUGGACGCUGGAGAUGCCCUCUUUGUGGAAGCCAUCCACACAGACACUGACAAUUUGGGUAUUCGGAUUCCUGUUGGACAUGUGGACUACUUUGUCAACGGAGGCCAAGACCAACCUGGCUGUCCCACCUUCAUUCAUGCAGGCUAUGAUUAUGUGAUUUGUGAUCACAUGAGGGCCGUGCACCUCUACAUCAGUGCCCUGGAGAAUUCCUGUCUGCUGAUGGCCUUUCCCUGUGCCAGCUACAAGGCCUUUCUUGCUGGACACUGUCUGGAUUGUUUUAACCCUUUUCUGCUUUCCUGUCCAAGGAUCGGGCUGGUGGAACAAAGCGGUGUCAGGAUAGAGCCUCUUCCCAGGGAAGUGAGAGUCUACCUCCUGACCACUUCCAGGGCUCCGUACUGUGUGCAUCACAGCCUCGUGGAGUUUCAUUUGGAGAAGCGAAGAAACAAGGACACCAACAUUGUGGUCACCUUCCUCAGCAGCAAUGUCACCUCCUCGGGCAAGAUCACCAUACCUAGACAGCAGCUGCAGGGGCGAGGAGUUAUAGCUCACACCAACCCUCAGUGCCAGAUCAACCAAGUAAAACUCAAGUUCCAGGCUUCCAACCAUGUCUGGAAAAGAGACCGCACUACCAUCGCUGGGCAUUUCUGCACUGCCCCUUUACCCGUCAAUGACAAACUCCACCUGGAAGCCAGAGGCAAGAGGCGCAUUGAUGUGAGCAGGGACACUCAAUGGGCAGAGGAGGGUGGGGGAGGGAGCGGGGAGGGGGAGCAGAGAGCUGUGGCACACACCUCUACCGCCUUCUCCACAGCCAGGCAGCCGCGGGGUUCUUCUGUGCUUGAUGGUUUUCUCUAAUUCUUUUUAAAGUCAUUAAAUCAUUUAUAAGUGUACAAUUCAGUAAUAUUCAUUUUGGUGUACAAGCAUCACCCACGACCCAGCUCCAGAAUUUUUUCAUCAUCCCAAACUGAAACUCUGUAUGUGUUAAAAAAUAACCCCGCCCUCUCCCACUCCACGGCCCCUGGUAAUCACCAUUUUACUUUCUGUCUCUAUGAAUUCUCUUCGACAACACUUCAUAUCAUCGUACAAUAUUUGUCCAUUUGUAUCUGGCUUAUUUCACUUAGCAGAAUGUUUUCAUAGUUCAUCCAUGUUGUAGCAUGAGUCAGAAUUUCCUUCCUUUGUAAGGAUGAAUAAUGUCCCAUUGUGUGUAUAAACCACAUUUUGUUUAUUGAUUCAUCUAACAGUGGACACUUGGGUUGCUUCCACCUUCUGGCUAUUGUGAAUCAUGCUGCUGCACACAGGACGUACAAAUAUCUGUUUGGGACUUUUUUAAAGCCUAAAUAAAUGUGUUUUGAAAGGA